AUGCCUCUUAAUUCGAAGGCUGUCUACUCUCGACUCAAUCCCGACUUUGCUCCAUUUGCGAGUCGGAGGAGCACCGUACAUAGUACGAAUGGAAUCGUCUCUUGUACCCAGCCUCUGGCUGCCGCUGCAGGACAGAGGAUCCUCAUGGAAGGAGGAAAUGCUGCUGAUGCAGCUGUUGCGGUGGCCGCCGCUCUGAAUAUGACUGAGCCUAGCUCAACGGGAAUUGGAGGAGACAUGUUCUGCCUCUUCUAUGACGCCAAGACGAAGAAGGUUCACUCUCUAAACGGGUCCGGUAGAUAUGCCGCCAAUGCUACUCUCGAAAAGGUUAGAAAGGAUCUGAACCUCAGUCCUGGCGAAGCGGGCGAGAUUCCCAUGACAAGCCCACUUGCAACAACCACCCCGGGUGCGGCUGCGGGGUGGGUUGAUACGAUCGAGCGAUUUGGCAGCGGUAAACUGUCUCUCGAGCAAAUUCUGCUUCCAGCUAUUGAGCUCGGCGAAGAAGGGUUCCCGGUCUCAGAACUGUCGUCCCAUUUUUGGCACGAGGGGGAGGAUCUGCUUCGCAAGGCGUCUCCAAAUGCCCAUGAGAUGCUUAAGCCCGACCCAACAGCCGCGAAUGGGUUCAGAAGCCCCCUUCCCGGAGAAAUCAUGAAGAACCCCCCGUUAGCUCGGACUUUCCGGACGCUCGCGGCGGAAGGUAAAAAAGGAUUUUAUGAAGGACGAGUGGCAGAGGAAUUGGUUAAGGUUGUUCAAGGUCUAGGGGGCUACUUGACCCUGGAUGAUCUCAAGUAUCACGCUGAAACGGGAAGCCAAAAUACGGAGGCCAUUUCCCUGAAGUUCACUGGGCAAGACAUAAUGGGCAAACAAGCCCAUGGUACGGAGGGUAGAGCCAACCAGGGGGUUGAGAUCUGGGAGCAUCCGCCAAAUGGACAGGGAAUUGUCGCGCUCAUGGCGUUGGGCAUACUUGAAGAACUUGAGCGCACGGGAAAGAUCCCGAAAUUCACGGAAGCCCAGCACAACUCAGCUGAGUACCUUCAUGCGGUGAUUGAAAGUCUUCGCAUUGCGUUUGCGGAUGCUUCCUGGUGGGUCGCGGAUCCCGACGAGGAAAAGGUCCCAACCAAAGAGCUCAUCUCACAGACGUAUCUGGUUGAGCGCGCAAAGUUGUUCAACGCCGACAAGGCUUCUGACAUCAUUGAUCACGGUAGUCCGGCCCACAACCACUGUGAUACAGUUUACUUCGCGGUAACUGACAAGGAGGGGAAUGGCAUAUCAUUUAUCAACAGCAACUAUGCCGGAUUUGGCACAGGAAUUAUCCCCAAGGGCUGCGGGUUUACCUUGCAGAACCGCGGUGCCAAUUUCGCUCUAAUUCCAGGCCAUUCCAAUGCUUUGGCUCCACGGAAACGACCAUAUCACACAAUCAUCCCUGCAAUGGUCACCAACGUCUCCGAUGGCUCUCUGCACUCGGUCUAUGGUGUUAUGGGCGGUUUCAUGCAGCCCCAAGGUCAUGUUCAGGUUUUGCUCAACAUGCUCGCCUUUAACUACCACCCACAGGCUGCGCUGGAUUCCCCUCGGAUCUGCGUCUCAGCCGUGCAGGCCGGAUUAUCCCCAGAUCGCACCGUGUAUGUGGAAGAAGGUAUCAGUGAGCAGGCUAUUACAGGUCUCAGGCAACUCGGCCAUAAGAUAGAGGUCCUAACGGGAUGGAAGAGGGGCAUGUUUGGCCGCGGACAGAUUAUCCGCUGUCACUACGAUGAUGGGAAAUUGAUCUAUAGCGCAGGGAGCGACCCAAGGGGCGAUGGGAUGGCCGUUCCUGUUCUAUGA